CACUCAGGGUUUGCGGUUUUGUUUUAUGGGAUAAUUACGUUAAGAUUGAGUGUAAAUUUUACUGCAUUUACCGCGAUCAAUGUGUAUAAUAUAGUACCCUUCUGGGAUAAACAAGCCUUACAAACCGACGCUCGAGUUCGAAAUAAUUUUUCCAUAGAGCAUUGUUUGCCUACAAUAUUUUAGCAGCAAUUUUUAUUUUACUUGAAGCUAAUGUACCUAAAUAACUGACGCAAUCUAAAAUAAUUAAAACAUAUAAUUCUGACGCACAUACGUAGGAAAAAACUCCCUUAAUGCACAAAACGGAACAUUGUUUUUUUCUUUUAGAUGGGAAUAAAGAAUAAAUAUCAGAAAUUGGUGCUAAUCUCCCACAAUUAUUUGCAAGAAUCAUCACUUAGUGGUAGUAGAACCCAUUCGAUAGACGUCCGUCCACAGUGUCAAGCAUGACGCGACAAUUGUCCAAGGAACUGAAAUUAAUAGCUGUAAGUGAACUUAACGAAGUUCCCAAUCGAACAAAGAGCGAUAUCGAAUAUCUACGAAAAUGGAUGAAGAAGCAACCGCAUCUUGACAUUGAGACUGAUGACCAGUUUCUGUUGUCAUUUCUUCGUUGCAGUAAAUUCAGUUUAGAACGUGCAAAAGAAAAGAUCGACACCUUUCUCACGGUGAGGGCGCUUGUACCGGAAGCGUUUAGUGAAAGAGAUCCAUUUCUACCAGAAAUACAAGCGAUAUUAAACGCGGGUGUGAUACUUCCACUACCGAAACCAUCAGAAGACCACAGUUGCAGAAUAAUUAUGUAUACUUACGGCGACAAUCUUGAUCCGGACACUAUGCCGCUUAUUAACAUUUUCAAAGUGUCCCAAAUGAUAAUGGAUAUCUUGCUAAUGGAGGACGAUCAUUGCGUUGUUGGGGGAAUGAAGAAUUGGUCCAAUUGUAAAAAUGCACCUAUUAAGUAUCUCGCGCAGUUAACGCCCUUGGUGGCCAAAGAAACUACGUCACUAUUAGAGCACGUGUAUCCAUUUAGGGUUAACAAUGUUUGCAUCACAAACUGCCCACCGUUUGUUGAUUCCGCAUUGCGCAUUGCCAGAAGGUUGUUCUCUAAGAAAACGAGUGAAAGGAUGACAAUUGCUAGCGAAAACAGUUUCAAAGAUCUAUACGACAAAAUACCCCAACAUCUGCUACCGGAAGAAUUUGGUGGCAGCAAUGGAUCCAUAGAGGAGUUGACUGCUACCUGGAAAAAGAAAGUAGAAGACUAUAGGCAAUUUUUCCUCCACGAUCACUGGAGGGCGAAUAUGAAGAAUAAACCCAUGAAACCCAAAAUGAUAUCAAACGUGUUUGGAACAGAGGGAUCCUUCAGACAAUUAGAGAUUGACUAACACUGAAUUUAAAUACAAAGGUAAUGGUUAAUUUUUGUAUGUAUUUAUAGCUCCUUAAUAAAUUAUUUAUUUGAUUGUUAUAUGUAUAUGGGAUGUGUUUCAGUACAAUUGACAAUAAAGCCAGCAAUAUGAUUAUUA